AUGACUCUGGAUUCUGUGGCCUUACUCUCCAAGCUGGAGACUGACCUAUCUCAUACUACGGCUAAGAUCUAUCGACCAGACUCAGUGGAAUUCAAUGAGAUCGCACAAUGUUUCAUCCACAAGCCGGUUCGGACGCCAGCGGUUGUUAGGCCGCGAACAGCAGAUGACGUCGCCUCAGUGAUGCAAUUUUGCCUCCGUAAUAAAGCAGGCUUCACUGUACGAUCUGGAGGCUAUGAUUGUGCAGCACGCACCCGCGUCGAUGGGGCGCUUGUUAUUGAUAUGCGAGACAUGAACCAAGUCACUGUCUCCGAAGAUAAAGGCAGCGCGACGGUAGGAGGAGGUAUUCUUCAUGGUGACCUCGCCAGAGCUCUAGGCGAAGAAGGGUUGGCUACGCCCGUGGGGAAUGUCGCAUCCUUAGGGUACACCGGAUGGAGCACGCUCGGCGGCUAUGGCCCGUUGUCAUCAGGCUACGGCUUGGGGGUUGAUCAGAUCCUGGGCGCCAAGACUGUCAACGCUCGAGGAGAAAUUCAGACAGCUAGCGAGGAGCUGCUUGUUGGUAUCCGAGGUGGCGGCGGGUCACUGGGUAUUAUUACUGAGCUCACAAUCAAAGUCUACCCGCUCGACAAGGUGCGUGAUGAUAUUAAUGGUAGAACUGGAGUGGAUUCUUUGCUCACUAGGAGGUACUAUUCCUCUCAGAUGCUUAGUUCUAUUAUCCUCUACGAAUCUAGUAAUCUCGAAGGUACCAUUACAACUUAUAAUCAGCACUACGAGCAUCUGCUGGCGACACAAGAGCUCUCGGACUGCCUUCAACUGCAGCCGACAAUCACGCAGAUUCCCAAGAUGGGGACCGUAUUCGGAGUAAUGCUUACUUGGCACGGCGAGAAUAAAGAAGAAGGAUAUGCCUGGAUCGAGAGUUUUGCAAAGGCGGGUACUUGUGUCAUGAAAGCCACGCAAGAAACUACACUCGCAGAAGUGCUGAAAGAAAGAGACAAUCUUGUGACAUGGCCUUCAUAUGGUCGAUUGGUCACACUCAAUCUCAGGCAACUCACGGAAAGAACGAUCGCUGUUCUGGCCAGACAUUGCCCGAAUGCACCUGGGGUUGGAUUCAUCUUCUCAUUCAAGCCUCGGCACAAGAUUCGGUCUUUGAGGCUCGAACUUGAAAUAAACACUGCUAUUCCAGAAAGUUGUCUGGCCAAUGAACGCUUGGAGUGGGGCUCACGAAUCAAGGCCGAUCUCGAGGUUGAGGACACUGAUAAUAUCCUAGAAAGCUCAUACAUCGCCUUGGGCUCUCAUGAAGUAAACCUGAAGAGGGUCUACGGCCAACAUUACUCAACUCUAAUGACGCUCAAGGAGAAGUACGAUCCCGAUAAUAUAUUCAAACAUACUGUUCCAAGAUUGGCGCCAGUGGGUGUGGGACGUAGGACUCUAGAAGUAUGA